UUGACAUUUUAACGUGGCUCUAGUUUCGGUUUUAUGUUACAGAUUUUUGUCAGUAAUUAGAAACAAUUAAUAAAUAACUGUGAUAUGAUAUAAACUACAUGUUUUUCCAUCCAAAAAUAGAUUAGUUAAUCGAAUACAGUCCCUGAAAAAUGGCUUUGAAAAAGGUGAAGGGGAAUAUAGAACGAAUGUUUGAUAAAAAUCUGACGGAUUUAGUUAGAGGCAUUAGAAAUAAUAAGGAAAAUGAGGCCAAAUAUAUCUCCCAGUGUAUGGAAGAUAUUAAACAGGAACUUAGGCAAGACAAUUUAUCUGUAAAAAGUAAUGCAAUAGCCAAGCUAACCUAUCUCCAAAUGUUGGGCUACGAUAUAUCAUGGGCAGGGUUCAAUAUAAUUGAAGUUAUGAGUUCGAGUAAAUUUACUUUAAAGAGGAUAGGGUAUUUAGCCGCAAGUCAAUCUUUCCACUGUGAUUCAGAGUUGUUGAUGUUAACUACUAAUAUGAUUCGAAAAGAGCUGAAUUCCCAAAAUCAAUACGAGGCAGGGUUAGCUCUUACAUCCCUGAGUUGUUACAUUAGCAUGGACUUAGCUAGGGACUUAUCGAACGAUAUUUUAACUCUGCUAAGUUCGACCAAGCCUUACAUAAGGAAAAAGGCUGUUUUAAUGAUGUACAAAGUAUUUUUGAAAUAUCCGGAGGCGCUGAGGCCUGCGUUUCCUAGAUUAAAGGAGAAAUUAGAAGAUCCCGACCCCGGAGUUCAGUCGGCAGCAGUGAAUGUCGUUUGUGAGUUGGCUAGGAAGAAUCCAAAAAAUUAUUUGAGUCUAGCACCGGUGUUUUUCAAAUUAAUGACUACUAGUACUAAUAACUGGAUGCUAAUAAAGAUCAUAAAACUGUUUGGUGCCCUUACUCCCUUAGAACCUAGGCUAGGUAAAAAAUUGAUCGAGCCCCUAACUAACCUCAUCCAUAGUACUUCCGCAAUGAGUCUGCUCUACGAGUGCAUAAACACCGUGAUUGCGGUCCUUAUUAGCAUAUCUUCGGGAAUGCCCAAUCACGCUGCCAGUAUCCAGCUGUGCGUGCAGAAAUUGAGGAUUCUUAUAGAAGAUUCCGACCAAAAUCUUAAAUACCUGGGGUUGCUGGCGAUGUCGAAAAUUCUGAAAACACACCCGAAAAGCGUCCAGGCUCACAAGGAUUUAAUUUUGCAGUGUCUGGAGGAUAAAGACGAGUCGAUUAGGCUCAGGGCACUAGAUUUACUUUACGGAAUGGUAUCCAAAAAGAAUCUGAUGGAAAUCGUGAAGAAACUGAUGGUCCACAUGGACAAAGCGGAGGGAACGAUUUACCGGGACGAACUUUUGAGUAAAAUUAUCCUGAUUUGUUCUCAGAAUAACUAUCAGUUCAUCACCAACUUCGAGUGGUACGUUACCGUGUUGGUCGAGCUGGCGCAGAUGGAAUUUGGUUCCAAGCAAGGUCAUGUGAUCGGGGCGCAAUUAAUGGAUGUCUGUAUAAGAGUACAAGCCAUAAGAUCGUUCGCCGUCACCGAAAUGGCCCAAUUGUUGGACGUUUAUACGUCAACUUCACAAUUUACGAUAAUGCAGGAGGUCCUGUAUGCUGCCGCUUGGUUAUGCGGUGAAUUUGUUAGCGAGAUUAAGAAUCCGGAGCAGACACUGCUGUCGAUGCUGAAAUAUAAAGCGCUGCCGCAGCAUAUCGAGUCCGUGUUCAUUCAAAACAUAAUAAAGAUCUUCGCUUACGUAAUGGAAAAGCACGAGUUGAACCAGCGGUACGACGAUAUCUUGAGGUUAUGCGAACUGAUAAUCGACAAGAUGGGCGAGAGUAUAAAAUCUGGAGAGUUGGAGGUACAAGAGAGAGCUAGCACGUCUCUCAUUAUCGUGAAGAUCGUUCAAGAGGAAGUGGUAGCGAGGAAAGGGAUGGGAAAUACCAGAAUAAUGGACGAUGAGGAUUUAGAUUUGAAACCUUCCGUUGAUCCGAAAGACACGAUCGCAGCGGAGCUGCUCAGUUUGUUUAACGGAGAACUAAAUCCUGUAGCUCCGAAAGCUCAGAAGAAGGUUCCGUUGCCAGAGGGUUUGGAUUUAGACGUCUGGAUAAACGAACCGUUGGAAGAGUCGGAUUCCGAAAGCGAACCGGAAAUGACCGAAAACCUCUUCGUAAAAUCAGACAAGUCGAGAUCUAUUUACGAGAGACACCAUCCCGAACCGACAGAAGAAGACAUAAGAAAGAGCCGGGAGGCCAGAAAACACGAACAGCAGAACAAUCCCCAUUAUCUGAAAGGAACCAAUUCCACGGAAACUAACAACAGCAACGGCAACGGCGAAACAAUCGAUAAUAUCCCCGUAACCGAACUGAAUCUAAACGUGCAAUUGAAAGUGGCCGGGCAGAAACGAUCCGACAAAUAUCUCAUAUCUAACGUCGAAAAGAAGAAAAUCAAGAAGAAGAGCAAGAAAAAGAAGCACCGUUCCGAGAGUUCUUCUGAUGAAAACGUGGACACGGCACCAGUCGUAGAAGUUAAGAGAGACAUGGAACUUCCCGAAGGUGCUACUCUGUCGGACUCGGAGAGCGAUCACGGUCUCAAAGACGACCCUCACAAGGCUCUAGACAUAGAUCUUGAGUUGCCCACGUACGAUUAUACCCCGAAGCCGGAGAAAGAAAAACGGGAUACCGAGAAGAAGGAGAAGAAGCACUCGAAAAAGAAAACGGAGAAGGACAAGUCGAGCAAGAAGAAGAGCGAGAAGCGCAAAGAGAAAGUCAUCCACGCUGAGGAUAACAAUAAAGAGGCGACGGAGAGAACACACGAUAAAGAAAACGACGGAAAAGGAGACGUGAAAACGAAGAAGGUUAAAAAGGACAAGAAGGAAAAGAAAAAGUCCAAAGAAAAGGAGGGCAAAAGCAAAUCUAAAAAAUCGAGUUCAGGCUAUGAGGAGGCUCUGGGCAUCUCGACUCCCAGUAAGGAGUUCCAAUAAUGACAAACCAUUUCAGUUAUCUUUUAAGAACAUGUUAUAUUUAUUGUUAGUUUUUUUUUUUAAUACUCUCUAAAGUUACUAUUACCGCUUUCUGUUUCUGCCAAAAAUGUUAUUUUAGUUAUAAAUGAAAUGAAGAGUAUAAUAAUUGCAUUUUGAAAUGGUUUUGUUACGGCGGUUCGAUGCUACUUCAUCUAAGAUUUUAUCGGUGCAUCCUAUAUUUAUCUCAUUUUGUACUAAAUAAAAGAUAUUUUGUCGAUACGUUCUGUAUAUAUUUUUGUAAUCGUCUCUUGUAUGAAAGACUUAUUGAUUUACUUAUAUCCUUAAUAGUCUAUCCUGAGUUGUAUAUUGUCCAUAGGAGUAAUAAAUAUUAUAUUGU